CCGAAAGGGGUAGCAAAAUGUUGUAAUUUAGUCAUUUGGUAUCAUUUUUCUAGCCAUUAUGUAUACUCUUGUGUCCUUUAGGGAAUCCUCAUUUCCAGGGUGGGGCUUCUAUUGGGCCAGGGCAGAGAUUUAGGAUUCUUUUUUUUGUUCUUUAGAGGGAGGGGCAAAUUUGGAGGCAGGAGUUUUUCUUUUCUUAUAGAAGUUGAAUUUCUUUUCAUAUGAUAGGUCUGGGACCAGAAGUGCUGAGUUUAAAUUCCAUCUCUUCUACAGACUUCCUGGCUAACUUUGGAUUUCCACAAGAUCACCUACGAGAAGGCCUUGUGGAAGCCUCAGCCCUGGGGCCAGGCACUGUUCUAAGCUUUGGGGACUUGAAGAGGAAAGCAAAACGCCCUUCGUCUUUGAAGAUCCUCAACUCAAAGUGUUGUCAACAUUUGCACGUGUAGACAAGACUCUCUGGAAAUAAUCAAAAGGACCUACUCUCAUCAAUACCUAAUAAUUCCUCAAGAGUAGGGAAAGGAGUCCCACUCUUAGUUUUUAGGAGUCAUUUGAGUAUCUGUGCACGCUCAAAGAGACCGAGCCGAAACGACAAAUCCCCGUCUCCAGUGCCCAAGUAUUUGACCUAAAGAAUGAUAUCGACGAUGAAGCCAAAGCAGUUUGGGGAGUAAAAAGGAGGAGUUGGUACCCCUGGCUGGCAGCCGAACGGGAUGACGGUCUGGUUCGAUGCUAAGGAUGAAGAAGAGAUCUUCCAAAGAGGGGAGCAACCGUCAGCAGGGAGCUACUGAGGACUGGAGCGUUGAGUCCGAUGAUUGGACCAGCUCUGAGAGUGAGCCAGAGCAGCUAGGCUUGCGAAAUCCCAACCACCCCCAAUGGCAAGAACGAGGACUGCCCUCCAAGCCCCACCGGCAACUCUGCCGCUCCCCUUGCCUAGACCAGCCCAGCUUCUCGCAGAGCGGCACCCUGCAGGACCCCAAGCUCGAAGAAGACAACAAGCCCCCCAUGAACAAGGACUACCAGGCCAAAAUGGACUUUGCUUUAAAACUGGGCUAUGCUGGGGACCAGAUUCAUACUGUUCUGAGCAAACUGGGUGCGGAUGCCCUCAUCAAUGACAUACUGGCUGAACUUGUAAGACUAGGGAAUAAGAGCGAGGAAGAAGGGCAGAAGAGUGGAGGAGCAGAACACAGCCAUGGUGCCCGGGACGUGGCCAGCCCGGAGUUGUCCCUGGAAGAUGAGAUCACAGACACCACCGAGAACUUGAGACCUGUUGUCAUAGAUGGAAGUAAUGUAGCCAUGAGCCAUGGGAACAAAGAAGGCUUCUCCUGCAGAGGAAUACAGUUAGCCGUAGACUGGUUUCUGGAGAAAGGACAUAAAGAUAUUACGGUAUUUGUACCUGCCUGGCGGAAGGAGCAGUCUCGCCCUGAUGCACCAAUUACAGAUCAAGAAAUCUUACGGAAACUGGAGAAAGAAAAGAUUCUCGUCUUCACCCCGUCACGAAGAGUGCAAGGCAGGAGAGUGGUCUGCUAUGACGACCGCUUCAUCGUCAAGUUGGCUUUUGACUCUGAUGGCAUCAUUGUGUCCAACGAUAACUACCGAGAUCUUCAGAACGAGAAGCCCGAGUGGAAGAAAUUCAUCGAAGAGAGGCUACUGAUGUUUUCAUUUGUCAAUGACAAGUUUAUGCCUCCUGAUGACCCCUUAGGGCGCCAUGGCCCAAGUCUGGAAAAUUUCUUAAGAAAGAAGCCUGUGAUUCCUGAGCAUAAGAAGCAGCCAUGUCCUUAUGGCAAAAAGUGCACAUAUGGACACAAGUGUAAAUACUACCACCCAGAGCGAGCCAACCAGCCACAGCGGUCUGUUGCCGAUGAGCUCCGCAUCAGUGCCAAACUGUCAGCUAUCAAAACCAUGAGUGAGGGAGCACUGGCCAAGGGCACCACUGCUGCCCCAGCACCCGCUUCCAAGAGUGAACCCAACUCAGGAGGGAAACAGGCUGCUCCCAAGCGCCAGUCAGACCCCAGCAUCCGGUCUGUGGCUGUGGAAACUGAAGAGAGGCUGCCUAUCAUUCGUAAACCCGAAACCAACUCGGCCCCCUCCCUGGUGACAGCCCUGAGCGUCCCCACGCUUCCCCCUUCCAAAAGCCAUGCAGCAGGUGCCCUGAACACCCGCUCUGCAAGCAGCCCAGUGCCUGGUUCCUCCCAGUUCGCCCAUCAGAAAUCUUCCCUGGAACACACAGCCAGUAUGCAAUACCCACCCAUCCUGGUCACCAAUAGCCAUGGCACCUCUGUCGGCUAUGCCGAGCAGUACCCGAAGUAUGAGUCUUUGGGCGACCAUGGCUACUACUCUUUGAUGAGUGACUUCUCCAACAUAAGCAUCAACAGCACUCGAGGUGCAGACUACUACGGGGCUGAGCCAGAUCGUCACGGGCGUGGCAUGUACUCUCGCAACCCCAGCCCCUGCCAGGACAAACACAUGAGCCAUACAAGCAGUGACCCUUAUUCCUCAUACAGUGAUUUGUAUUUGGGUGUCGUGGAUACUGGUCAGGAAGAAGCUCUGAAGGUAAACCGAUCGUGCUCACAAAACCAUCUCCAGCCUUUUUCACAUGGUUACCAUGAAGCCUUAACAAGAGUACAGAGUUAUGGCCCAGAUGAGGCCAAGCAGGCUCCCCACAAACAUCCAGUCCCCCGUUUAGUGCUGCAUGGCCAGCACCCAGUAAUGGGAACCCGAUCGAGUUGUCCCCGAGAUUAUCCUGUGCCUCAGAGCAUCCACCCCCCCGGCACAGCCCCACCAGGCCGAGCACUGGUCAUGACACGGAUGGACAGCGUUUCGGACUCCCGCCUCUAUGAUGGCAACCCGAUGAGGCAGAGGCGGCCACCCCUGUGCCGGGAGCAGCAUGCCAGCUGGGACCCUCUACCCUAUCCUGCUGCCGCCGACUCCUUUGGCUAUCACUCUUACCCCUUGAGUGCCAGCCUCAUGCAGCCCUGUUACGAGCCGGUCAUGGUGAGGAGCAUGCCUGAAAAAAUGGAGCAGAUCUGGCGGAGUCCCUGGAUUGGGGUGUGCAGCCAGCCAAGAGAGCAUCACGUGAUCCCUGAACACCAGUACCAGACCUAUAAGAACCUCUGCAAUAUCUUCCCGGUUGGCAUCGUCCUCUCAGUAAUGGAGAAGAAUCCUCACAUGACUGAUGCUCAGCAGCUGGCAGCCAUGAUUGUGGCCAAGUUGAGAUCAGGACGCUAACGGGGAUGCCACAUCUUUCGUCAUUUCCGGGGGUAGGCGGUUUUGCAGGAGAAGCUAGGGGAGCAAGUGGCCAAGUGGAAGAAACCCUCCCAGGAACCGCACUCCUAGCAGCCUCUUCCUCAGCCGUUGUGCAGAAGUAAAAAUAUGUCCAUGGUAUACUGCAGCAGAGGCUGAGAGCACCCACAGUGUAUAUAGAUUUAAUGUUUUGGGUUGUUUGAAAGUUGAGAUUUCAAAAGCUGGGUGAAAGAAAAUGCACCUCAUAGCGCAUGGAUAGUUGGUCAUCAAAUAUCCUUAAUGAACCAGGCAGGGUCACAGGCCACCCUUGACCACUGGAAGUGCAGAACUUUCGUCAGCAGUUAGCUUGCAUGUUGGGAUGUAUAUUUUCUGGGGUGCGUUGUGUGUAUAUAUCUAUAUAUAUAUACAUAUAUAUAUAAAUAUAUAUAUAAAAUACUAUUUUCUAUUGAGAUAUAGAUGUGCUAUAUGCUAUAUGUGUAUAUACACAUAUAACGUAUGUGUAUAUAGAUAUCUAUUUAUAUAUCUAUACACACAUGUACACACACACACACACACACACACACACACACACACACACACACACACAGUCUUAGAAAAGGAGUUCUACAGUCCUGUACCUACAGUCAGCCCUGUAGGUAGAAAGGCCAAUCGGGCCAUCUUUGAUGUAUCUUAUGUUAUCAAAACAGUUUCAAAGUGGAAGUGGCUUACCAGCAGUGGGGGAGAUUGCUGGCUUUGCUGACAGAACAGACCAGCUUCCACCCCCUCCCACAGCCCUUUGCACUUUUUAAAAUGUCGUCAACCUUUGUUGACAUUUUUUGAACAACCAGGGUCUCUUGAUGACUUCACUUGAUAAUAUUGAGGUCAGAUCACGGCAUUACUCUUUAGAAGAGCUGAUGGAAGUAAAAUUGAUUUCCUGGGCAUCCCAUGCAGAUGCCAUGGAGCUCUGGCCUUCAAAGGCUUCCUGUCAAAAUCAGGUACCAUUGUGUGACCUAGUAGGCAAAAUACCUUCCAGCACCAAGCAUCACAUUUGAAAUGUCCGACAUUUCAAACAAGUAUUAAGGUUGCUGUCAAACAUGUGCCCUCGUUUGGCUGGCCAGUUCUGUGUAUUCACUCCUCUGGGAGCAAUCACAGACCCCUAGACUGUUGAGAGCUGGGAGGGCCCUUCAAACAUGGUAUGUGAUUGCUGGAAGGAAUCAAUCGGAACAUGAAAUGUCAGAUUUGGAAGGGACCUUAGAAACCAUCCAGUGAGCCCCCUCGUUUUACAUAAGAGCACCUUAGGUCCCAAGAGGUGGGGGUUAAUUGUCCACCAUCCCAUAGUUUAUAAGAGGCAACAGAGCUGAGACAGAAACCCAUGUUUCUUGGAUCAAAGUCUCAUGCUCAGCCCACUCCACUGCCCAGCCUCUUAGUGGGGUGGAGUGUGUGGACACAUGAUUAGUUUGACCUUACAGUUCAGUCAUUGGGCAACAGGACCAAUCACUGGUGGCAUGGUACUCUCUGUAGUCUCUGAAGCAGGACAUUUUCCAGACAGACAUAACCUGUCUUUGGAAAGAGAGGCGCUUCAUCUCUGACCUGCCAUCAGGUAGCUUUGCUUCUUGCUCUAGGUUCACACACAAAAGAUGUAUAAUUUGCCUAGUGACACUUUUCAGAUGCAUUACUGGGGGGAGGCGGGUGGGGUGGCUUGUGCAAUUUGUAUUUUGCUCAGGGUGGAAUCCUUUCUAGCUAAAUGCCUCCAGCCAGAGGCAUCCAUUGGUUUGGGGUUUGGGUUUUUUUUGAAGCUGCACUGAAUUGGACGCCCUUUUUUGAAUCUAAUGUAUAUUUCAACAUUUUGAACCAGCUCCAAAGUUGGGAGCUGAAAAUUGCUGACUUCCUACUGUAGUUUUUUCAUGAAAGUUGAGAAGGCCUAGCCUGGGCCUUUUGUCUCUUCAUGAGAAGGUGUGAUACUGCCUAAAUGUUUCUUACUGUGAAACACACGGAUCGUGAGGCUGCCGUUAGGGUUGUUUCUGGUGUUUUGGUGAUGGCUUCGUGUGCUGCUUUCUGGUCCUCUGUCCCUGCCCUGAACAACUGCACAGAUCACUCCUAGCAUGCUUUUCCAGCUCCCACCAUUUACAGAAGAGGAAAACCAGUUCUAAUUCUGACUCAGACCCCAAAUUUGUGUGUCCAUUCCACCUUUCACCCUAAAUAAAAAACCCUCAAGAUAGUGUUCAUGUGCAAGAUACAUUCUCCGUCCAACAAUGAGGGGGGCAGGCUCUUUGAAGCAAGAGAGCUGAGGUCUGAACCCAACUCUUACCACAUGACCACGGGCAGGUCACUUUUGAGCUGGGCUUCAGUUUCUUCAUUUGGUAAAUCGGGAUGGGAAUACUUGCACUCCCUACCUCUCGAUUGUUGUGACAAAAACGAUCCACCUCAAGUCUUCGAGUACAGGAAAAAUGGGAGUGUUGUUGAUUGUCGCUGAUUCCAUGAAUACUUAACUGCUGUAACUCAUAUAUAUCUAUAUAUAUUUGUAGAGUUCUCAUUGACGACACCACUUCACAUUUGAUCACUCGAUACUUACGAGGCUGGUGCCUCCAAUCACUCAAAUAGGCUCCUUAACAAAAUUGAAAGAUGACACUGCCUUCAUUGUGAAACCAUUGAACUUAUUAACAAAAGAAAAGUCAUGACAUUUUAGCCAGCUGAGCAUGGGUGGCUCUGUCCAUUAAAAGAUCUCCAUGAAGAGAUCUGCAAAACCAAAUUCAUCCCCUUAGCUAGUGUUCUUGAAAAGGCCAAAGGCAUCCAUGACAAGCAUACUUGCACACUCACUGCAUCACUCUCCACCCUCCACCUUUUUUUCAGCAACAUGUGUCUUUCUGAUCUCUAGAAGAACUUUUCAUUCCCACCUUUCCCCCUUCCCCACCCACAUCCCCCCCCCCUCCCAGCAUGUCUGGAUCCAAGCGGCUGAGAGCAGGACCUCAAAUAGCCAGAAAUGACCUUUUGUUUGUUGAUACAAAUUGUAUCUCUUUUUUUCUUGAUUGUAUAAAACAAGCUUGUACAAAACUCAUCUCUAAACUAGUUCCAGUAACUUGUUCCCACCUGCAAUGUUCAUGACACUGUGUGUCACCCCGACUGAGCGAGGGCAGGGGUCAUUGUUAUUUACAAGGCUCUUUCUUUCCAAAUGGCACUUGUAGCAAACAUACAAACCACGAUGACCUUUGCAGACCCCUUUGGUGCCAUGUUCACAGCUAGCGUGGAUAAUAUUGUCAAAGUUCUCUUUAUUCAGCUCAAUGUGAACGCUCCAAACUGUCCGUGCCAAUGAAUCACCCAUCUGCAGGUGUUUCAGUGCUGAUACUUUAUAGCCAAGAUGGCUAGAAGCCUCGCUUGGCUUCUUGACAGGUGGGGUUUCAUUGCAAAGGGGACUUCUUAAGAAAGAAGCAUGUAACAGAACCCCUCAACUCCUGGCUGGGCUCCUUCAGAGCCCUUUUUCAGUCCUUGCUCUGGGACAUGGCAGGAGUCUCUCCUUGCACCCCCCCUAGGCCCCCCCCCCAGCCCACAUAGGCCUUUGCUUUGUGGGAUGUAAGAUCUUUGGGCUUUGUUCCUCCUCCCUUACCCCCACAUCAUGGGAGGGAGAAGUGGGGAUCUGGAGCAUCCUCCCCAAUGCUGGGGUUCCCUUUUGCUAAGCCAGCUGAGAGACACCAGGAACCUUUAAAGAGGCCCCAAACUGGUCUACCUGGUUAGAGUGAAGGUGGCUGCAAAGGAUGGGGUUCACUUAAGAGUCACUGUCUAAACAGCUUCCUCUCUCCCCAUCUUCUCUCUGGAGUAGCAGCAGAAACACCCUAUCACUCUUUUUCUCUCCGUGGAUCCCUAUUUUUUCUAUUUUCAGAACAAACCUCUUUCUACAACCCCAGCACCCCUGACCUCCGACUCCUCCCUCAGCACUGGGGUCUCUUCUGAGGUAGAAGAGAAAAGAGCUGAUCUCUAGAACCCCUCAGUCAACCAUCUCAGCUCCCCUGUAAAUAUGGGCCUUUGUACAGAACCUUUUUUUGGAGACUCUGGUAUUGAAACACAUUUUGUUUCUUUUAUUAUGUGCACCAGGUCCAGGAGCUAGAAAACAUCUGAUGUGCUGAUUUCUCUGAAGAGCCCUGCUCAACUCUUUCCCACCUUCCCCUUCAGCCUUUGGCCUUUCCUCAUAUACCUCUUGGUACUUCAAGAGCACGGGCGAUCUUCUGGGAGAACAGCACUAGAGGGGCCAGAAAUGGUAUUGAAAACUCACUCUGCUCCUGGGUUAUCUUCUUGACCCCAACCCAGUAUCUUUCUAGAACUUGCCCGUCAGCCCUACAAUGCCCCAACAACUAGCAGUCACUUGUCCUCGUAUUGUAGCUUUCUUAGCGCAUUGUGUACGUGGACACGUCAUCUGACUAUGAUCGGUCCUGGUGCUUGUUUUCUUGAGCUCUGGUAUUUUUGCUUGCUCCAUCUGUUGAAUUAAAUGUUACUGUGUAAUUGUUGUAACUUUUAUGAAACCUCUUUGGGUUCUUCAGUCAACCCAAACAUAAUGUAAGUCUCAAUGACAAGAGUGACAACAAAGACGACAAAGCCAAGCACGUGCACACUCCAAAAAUCCAACUGCCCACAAACACACACAGAGGCCAAAAUUGCAACCCAUAGGUGAGUGCAAAUGACAGUAAAAUGACCCCCAACUAUGGUGUUUGUAAACCCCUCUGACGCAUGCAUGGCAAGGUUUUUUCCCAUACUGCAUGGCGUGUUCCCACUAGCCUGGAUGUGCUGUGAGCGCUGUUUCACAAGGUUCUAAUUUAUUUUAAGUUUUCAUGAUGGAGAGCUACUGUAUGGUUGAUGGCAACUGUGAACCAUGCUGCUCCUACUUACCAUAUAAAAUUUUUGGUUAAAAUUCA